GGCAGGACGGACUGUCGGGAAGAGAGGCCUUUUGGGCCGAUCGGUAGCCGACGAUGAGGAUGAAGCGAAUCAGUUUAGGCUCGGGGAGCAAAGUUGUGUGAACACAAAGGAGGGCUUACAGGCACUGUCUCUGAAAUUGUUGGCAUUUAUGAGACGGCUCGGCAUAGACCAGGCUGGAGGAUGCGAAGUGGGAAGUGCUGUAGUGGAUGGCGAGGUUGCUGCCCUCCCAAGCAUGCCCCGACGCAUCGACGGAGUCGACGAUGGCUUCCCCGGAAAUACCAACGUCGCGGUCGAAGCAAUGGAAACGCAAACAUCCCGAAAAAGUGAAGCAAUCCGUGGCGUUCAAGCAGAGGAGCAUGGCAAUGCCAACCCACGGGAAGAGGAACGAGGAGACUGUACGCUCGCCGAGGCGCCCUCCUGGUUUGACGACAAUCAGGGUAGUGAUACGAGGGACAAGGACAAAUCAGUUUGCAGAGAGCAACUCACUGUGCCAAAACCCCUCCGCACCGCGCGCCGGCGGUACUGGUCCUCGUCAUCAUCCUCUUCCCCAGGCCUCUUACGCCCUGAAGGCUUGCAAUCAUGGCGUGGGACACGCCGAUGCCAGCCCAGCGAUGAAAGCGGUCGCGCUGAGGUACAUGAAUACUGCCAUCCCGUCACACAAGCUGGUUCUUCACGCUCUCGUCCUCGUUCAAGCAUCUCGAAACUGGGGCUUUGGGAACAGGCGGCCAACAUAGGUUCUAAACUUAGCACGUCCUGGGCUGGACUCUACCGUCACGGUGCUACGAGCAGUAGCAAAAGCAACAGCAAGAACAACGGUAGAAACGGCAGCGCGAAAGGGCAACAACAAUCAGGAUAGGGGGAUCUUACGCUUAUAAGUUGCUCAAUAACGACGCAGAGGAGAGAUUGAUUUGCUUGUUCUUAGUAAAAUGAACCUAGGCACAAUAAAGCUACCUAUAAGUAUGGGUGGUACAAGUGUCCCAAGGCCAGUUGGGGGAGAGGUUGCUGGAUAACAGAGGAUCGUCGUACGGUGCCCAGUUCCUUUCCGAGCAGCACUGGACUCAGUAUAGCAGCCGAUAAUGGUCAACUAUACCGGUAUGGCC